AUGUCCCGCCCUCAGCCAGAAGUGAUCAUGUCUUUUCAAGACGGCGGGUUCUACAGUCAACAAGCACUCGUCGCCGGCCUGACAGCGGUCGAGAAAUCCUACGCUGAGUGGAAGGCCCGCCCGAAGCCUGUUCAGCCAGGAGCGGAUAUCAAACUUGUAAAAGAGGAUGUGGAAUUAGUCAUGUCAGAAUUGGACUAUACGAAAGCUCAGGCUGAGAAGGCACUCCGCGAGCACGGAGGGAGCGUCGAGAAGGUGUUCGAGGAGUAUGUAAAGCCGGCCAAGAUGAAGGAGCCACAUCGGUAUUAG